AUGGACCAAACCUACACAGCACAUUUCAAAGUUCACUGCGCGGAAAUCAAAGAAUGGGAGCACGUGCACGUCGUGGGCAGCUUGCCUGUUCUCGGCGAAUGGUAUCCCAAGAAAUCGUUUCCGUUGACCAAAUCUGAAAAAGAAGAGUAAGAAAGAAGUGAGAGUAUUAGAAAUGUGAUAUUUGUUCAGGAACACAUUCUACGGCGCCAUCUCCGUUCCGACUACUGUAAAACAGUUCCACUUCCGUUAUCUGCGCGUUUCUCACUUGGAUCCGUCGGAAAAUGGCAUCUCCGAACCAAUUAUGAUUCUCUCCAAGUGAGCUUUUCUCUAAGCUUUCUAUUAGAUAGCAGUGACUCAGCCGAGCGCGCGCUCGAACCUAGGUUACCGAGUGACGCAGAUUUCCGGGGAUACGAAGAAGAUGAACGGUAAUUUUCAGAUGGGAAACGUUCAACAGCCCAAGAACUUGCUUAAUUGACGUCGAACACAGAAAUGGGAUCGCCAGAGAAAAUAUCACUGAUCAAUUUGGUUCUUACGGUAAUACCGUUCUUUCUCUUUUCAAAGCGCUCGGCAGUGGCAAGUAAACUGUUUUUAUUAUGAAACCAGCUGAAAUUGAUGAUUUCAUCUGAAAACCAUUUCAUUUUAGGUGGAAAAACACAAAUUUCGGACGGUUGGAUUUUGAACGACUCAGAAAAUGUCGUCUAUUUCCGUAUUCACGGGGAAGCACUGAAGUUUUUCGUGAGAAGUUAUGCUAACAAGGAGGUCCGACUGAAAGUAGAACCAUUCGACGUCCGAUACAGCGAAGUAUGUAUUGAUUUUUUGAGUUUAUGAUCCGGAAAAGAAAGCAAUCCGGUGUUUUCAGAUGUUUUCCUAUUCUCGUAGGGAAAUGACAGACCGUCGGGCGAUUUGGAGGCAUUCCUCGGUGUAUGCCUCCAUGUCUGUAGGUGAAAUGUUGUAUUUGUGAGAACUCUUUAGAUAGUUCAGUUCAUUAUUCCCCAAAAAAACUCAGUCAUACCGCUCAUUUGCUCAGAUCGAUGGAGAAGACGUGGUCAACCUGCCAACACCCGAACUUCCAUGCUUCUCAAACACGGAUUUAUCCGUCUUGACAAGAGAAGACCCAAUUUUCGGCGAUCAAUACUUCAACGGUUCGGUUUUCCGUAAUGACCAAGACUACCUCGUCUUCCGCACACGGACAGUCUCUCUUCAGAACUUGGUUGGUGUUUCGUCACGAUUUUAACUAUAAAUGCUGUAUUUCAGGCGUUCCGCAUAGAGUUCUAUCACAAAGAAAAACGAUGCGCUUUGUCGUAUGUUCUUCCGUCCAGCAUGUCCGGAACACAUGGAGGCACAGUCUCCCCGGUCAUCGGACUCAGCAGCGCACCCGUCGGCCAUAUUCACGGUUUGCCAUCAAUUCGAACAUGUAUGUACUAAAUGCAAUGUUUAGUUGAUUACAUGAUCGUGAAACGCAGUCAGUAUGCUGACCAACUGACUCAAAUCGAUUCGACGAAGGAGACGUUUGGACGUUAUUGGCGAAAACGGAAUCGAAUGCUGCAGAUUGGACACCGAGGAAUGGGCAGCUCUUACACAAAGUAGCACAAAAACGAUAAAAUGAUUUCAUGAACACGUUUUUUCAGAAACAUUGACCAACGAGAGAAUACCAUCUUCUCACUGAAUGAAGCAGCGAGACGAGGAGCCGACUACGUGGAACUCGAUGUUCAGCUCACAAAAGUACCUUUCUUCUUUCUGUGCCUGGGUCCACUAAACGUUUUCAGGACUUGAAAACAGUUGUUUAUCACGAUUUCCACGUUCUGGUCACUGUUGCCGGAAGAGAUUCUCCAAACAACACACCGCCUGCCAACGGCGAAAACAAGUCUCUGCAGGAGAUUGCAAUCAAAGUUCGACUCUGUUUUCCUUCUCUCAGUAGACACGUUAUGCCUUCAGGACCUGACACUGGCUCAGCUCAAACUGCUGCACUUUGAGCACAUUUCCCGUGCGAAUGGCUCGGCCGAUUCGCCCGUCGCUGCUCUUUCUGUUACACCGAGCAAAAACGAAACGGACGAGAUGCACGUACCUUUUCCCUCGCUGGCACAAGUACUACGAAAUGUUGACGAGAAUGUCGGCUUGAAUAUUGAGAUAAAAUAUCCGAUGUAUAUGAAGGUGACAAGACCGACUGGGAUUGGGGGACUAACUUCUAUGUUUCAGGAUGGAACUCAUGAGUGUCAGGGGUACUUUGAACAGAACAAGUUUGUCGAUAUCAUCCUUGCGGAAGUAGCGGAACAAGCUGGAAAUCGUCGCAUUGUGUUUUCUUGUUUCGAGCCUGAUAUUUGCACAAUGUACGUCGGCUUUCUCAAUUUCUGACUACAGAGGGAUUCGUUCCUUUCAGGAUUACUAAAAAGCAACACAAGUACCCCGUAUCUUUCCUCGUGGUCGGCGCAACCAAUCGAUACAUGCCCUUCCAAGUAAGUUUUGACUUUAUUGUGUCAUUUGAAACGAAUAUUUGCAGGAUAUUCGAUCCGACAGUAGCACAAUUGCAGCAAAUUUCGCAGCUGGAUGCGAACUUUUAGGCGUCAACUUCCACAGCGAGGAAUUGUUGAUUGUGAGUCCUUUUGAAGACUGCCAGAGCAUUGCAAUAUAUUUAUUUUCAGGAUCGAAAUCCAAUCACAAUUGCUGAUCGUUACGGUCUCGUGAAAUUCGUAUGGGGUGAUGAUCUCAAUUCGAAAGAAGUACAAAAGCAUUUCAAAGACGAGAUGAAUGUGGACGGACUUAUUUUUGACCGGUUUUUUGUAUUUCUAUUAACUUUUCAAUCAUUUUGUUUCAGAAUGGGUGAAGAUGAAGCUGUGAAACAAAAUGUGUUCGUGGUAGAAAACCAUAAUCGGAGCUCUCUGUUCGCCCGCACCCAAAAUCCAUCUCGCUCUCCCUCCAUGUCCCGUCGAUGCAUGUCAACUGUCGAAUAAUAGUUCAUUGGAAGGGUCUUCAUGGCUUUUCACUUUGCAUAACCGUUUUAUUCACUUUCACCAAAUAAAUUAUUGCCUAGGAGCACAUUUCUACUCUAACCGAUAAGACAACGCUUGUUGCGCGUCUGAUUUCCUCUUCCAUCUAUGUCGCGUCCAUAUUGAUUUUUGAUGGUCACGUGGUUUUCCGAUAUUAUCGUCGUUUCUGUUCUUUCAUUGAGAAUACAAAACUUUUAUAAAAUUCCCCAAAAGAUUAUUGCUUCAUUUGGUCAAUUCCAACACUUUCUUUUCUCAUGCGCAUCCGUGAGAAAGCCUAACUCAAGUGCGCCCCACCGCACAACCCGAAGGUUGCCCGCCAAAAUGAUUGUUCGUAUUCUUGACGCGUCUGGUCGUUUUUUGCGUGCAAUCUACUCACAAACACGUGGCACUUCCGUUGUGUAAAACUUUGGCAAUUUGAUUUUGAAACAUUUCGACCCUGUUAGAACGUUUGCGUUAUUGUUCAAUUGGCCAAGACGUAAAACCUCUGCACAUAAGAUAACCGCCAUUUCGUCUGCUCAUUUCUCAAAAAAUCCACGGAUGAACCGGUUCUUGUGGUGGGAGUUGGUUUAGAUGACAAAUGGCACAUUUUCAUUUAUUUUCUUCCCUUUCUCAAUCUUGAUUUUCUCCACUUAAAAGCUUUUUUUGCAGAUAAAAUUGUAUCAAAGAAUGUUCGAACGUCAAAAUGGAAUCAAUCGAAAAAAGCCCAAAAUCGACGAACUUAUGAUAGACGGACAGGAAAUGGCGCCAUACGUCGACCGGAACAGGCAUUACAAAGAUCCCGAUGUUUCAGUUGCCGCGCUAUCUCAGAUACUUGACCUUAAUGAAUCGCUCGUUCGUGAAACUAUUGCUAAGUACGUCAAUGAAGGGAAUAACGACACCGUGAACGAGUACAGAGAGGCUGAGCAUAUCAGUUCGAGCACCCAGCCCAAAGAAAACGGAUCCCACAAGAGGAAGAAUGAGGAAAACGUGCAAGUGGAUAUUUCAAAGUUGCCCUACAAACAUUCUUCUGGCUCUGGACCGCUGCUCUGGGCGGAUGUUUAUCAUCGUGACACGUCUUCUUCUGAUCAUUUCGCAGAUGUUAUGGAAAGUGUAAUCGGGAAUGGAAAGAAGAACAAAGAGCCGAAGGCCACGCGAGACAAAAAGCAAAAGAAUGAAAACGCCCCGGCAAAAUGUGAGAUGCUCCAUGGCAAUCCUGUUAACCAUCCAACGAUUGGAACUAAUUUCUCGAGAACAGUCCGCAGUGCUGCUAGGAACAACGUGCCAUCUGAACUUGAGAUGAAGAUGAAUGUGGCCACCGAUCAAGGAAACAUCGGAUCAUCAGGCAGAGCGUACGAUUUUCACUAUCGUCCUCCACAAACAGUUGCCGACCGCCGCAGAACACCGACAUUCUCAACACCCACUGCGCCAUUCAAGGUUCCUCCGACGUAUCACCAACAAGUCGUAACGGGUCGUCAAAACUCUGAGCGGGCGCUCUUUCCUGUGAAGUACUUUUUAGCUGCCCAGACGUCGGCCCAUCGAAUAAACUCUGCUUUUCCGUCCAUUCCCAAACCACGAAAAAGUGAGUUUGAGUAAAUAAACUAAACUAUUGAAAUUAUUUGCAGAAAGGUCAAAGUCAUCGAAAUCCGUCUUCUGUUCAAUAUGUAAGCAGCGAUUUGAAUCGGCCGACGAACGCGAGAUGCACGAAAAUGAUCAGCACCCGGAAUACUUCGCGUACGAGUGCCUUGUCUGCGAAGAUCAGCGUCAGUUCGUGACGCGCCGAGAUGUAAUCAACCACUGCAUGCGCGUUCACAAUGAAUUUGUGCAACUUGUAAGUGUGCAAUAUUGACUCUGUUCGGGAAUUGGCGACUGAGCAUUUUUUGAAAAUUUGAGAAAGCACGCUUAGAAUAGCAAUAGCGAUAGAAAAACUGGCAAACGGAUGCCCUAGCAAGUAAUGUUUGAUCAUCUAAUACGUAGAGAUAGCCUCUGAUCUUUCAAUUGGCGGUAUUUCUUGUUUUGGCCCGUGAAAUUUGAAUGAAAGUAAACUAUCAUUUAUUAGACAUUCAUAUUUUCAGUUGGAAGAGAAAAAAAUUAACAAAUCAGCAUUGGCCUGUCUGAAAAAGAAGCAUCACAAAAAAGGCACCGUAGGAGCAGUGGUAAGCAACUCAGACGGCUUUGCUCUGCAUACGUUUCUUUCCUUUGCGUUUCAGUUGGCCCAAGCGAUGGAGGAACACAUAUUGAUGGACGGGGAGACGUUGAACGACAUGUAUGAUCCUUAUAUUUUUCGAGUCAAUUUAGAAAUGUGAGUUUCACAUUUGGUCCACUUUGUGAUCAAAUAAUGCCUUUCUAGGCGAGGAUUUAGACACGGAUUUUGUGACACCGAGCAAGUUCCGGCCACCGCUCGAUAUGAUCUGAUCCAAAACCAGCAGCCGGUCCACACCGUUGUCAACAUUCCGGUGAGUAGAAUGUCUGUCAGUGACGCUUUCAGCCUACAUCUCGUUAAUUUCCAGCAAACACCGCCCUUCCCAAGACAUAUCACUCUGAAUGCCACAGCGACCAGAGACUGGUGUGGAGGCAACCACAGCACUGCAUCAGAUGGUCAUCUGCCCAUAUUAUCUAUUGCUCAGAACACCACAUCUUGA